UGGUUGUGGUCUUAAUGCUGAGAUAUUCCUAACAAUUUGUAAGCACGAGGACGGAGUGCUUUAAUGCAACUGCCUCGCCAACAAAGUUCGUUAGCUGAAAGUUUGUGUUGUUGGUAAUACCGAUGAGAAAAUACGUCGACACGGAUGCCAUUGAUUUUCGCCAUUUAUUAUUUGCCACCUUGGACAUGAGCUUAUGUGGUGCAGUUGUUGGAAACAGUAUUGGAGGAUAAGCACAUUGUCAGGUUGAGAAUUCCGAUUGGUCAGGUUGACAAAUGGAGAAACCUUUCAAUUCUUCGGUCCGUCGCCGUACGUGGACACUCGGAUCCCAGAAUGAUGUUAAGCCCGUACCCACACCGUCAACAGUCACAACGGCCCCCGCCCGGUGUUUUCCAGGUGCUUUCCCACGAUUACACCCUAAUAACUGGCGGUUCUGGAAACAUCGAUAUUUCCUUUUUCUCGGCGCUCUGGCCCUGAUCGCAAUAGUUGUGAUGCUGGAGAUGGCCUUUGUGAUUGCCGAUUCGGAAAAAGCCAAAAAGGUUACGCUACGUAAAGCGACGACGGUGCAAUACAGUCACUGCGAAAGAAUGGAAUUACUGGGAUAUUUAGCCACGAUGGCUGGGCAGUGGAAUCUGGCAGGCGCAUCUGAUAAAAAUCAGGUCAAAGCGUUCCACCUCCAUUUCACAAGACCUAGCGGUGCCGAUGGUUCCCGUUCAGUAGCUAAUCCUGGAUUACAUGGACCCCAUUCAAACCGUUCGGAGACACUAAACAGCUGUCCAUCGUCGUUUACUGAAUCUCUUCAAGCUUUCACGGAAACAUGCGGCCCGGUACAUCGGACUGUACCUAAUACCGCAAAACCGUACCUAGUACCGCAAAAUGGCAACUACAGCACAACUCCACCACCGAUUAAUGCUGACCUUUUACGGCUUUGGGAUUGCACUGCGCGAUACUUACGGAUAGACUUCCAGGUGCAGAAUUCAUCGCAGAUGUUCCAUCUGACGGGAGUUUGCACUGCACAAUACCGAGAUUGGUCAAGUUCGUUCGAUGCUGUGCUGGAGCACCUAACGGUAACAAGGGAGCACACGGAACUGCUCUUGCACAACGCAUCUGUAUUUGAUCUACCGCCCAGUUCCACCAGUCCUGAAUACUUCAGCCGCUUAUCCGCUCGGUUGCUGGCAGUCCAGUCUCGGGAAGGGCAUUUGCUGUUUUGCCAACUUCAGCAACUGGAAGGCGCCAGACUGUCGUCCGGUGGUAGUGCCGUGCGCAUCAUUAUCCUCGUGAUGGUACUUCUGAUUCUUCUUCCGGUGCUGUCCUAUUGGAACUGGAAACGCUUGCGAGAGGAGACCGUUAAAUUAACAAACCAGCUCCAAGAGGCAAUCGCUUCCCGGCGAGCCUUGAAGGCGGAGAAGAUGUGCGCGGACAACCUGCUCUUGAAGCUUUAUCCGGAGUCCGUAGCGCAGAGUUUGAUCAAAUUCAUCCCCAUUCAACCGGAAACAUUCGACUCGGUUACGGUUUAUUUCUCCGAUAUUGUCGGUUUCAAAGAACAGAUAUCAGCAAUAUCAACUCCGCUUGAGGUGGUGGCUUUCCUGAACGCACUGUACACAAAGUUUGACAACAGAAUUGAUUUCUACGACGUGUACAAAGUGGAAACAAUAGGUGAUGCGUACAUGUUGGUAUCGGGUCUUCCAAGGCGCAAUGGCCGACGACAUGCCGGAGAAAUCGCCACGUUAGCACUGGAUUUUCAGCACCUUGUUUGGGAUUUUCAAAUUCCCCAUAUGCCUGGUCAAAAAUUACUGCUACGGAUAGGAUUCCAUUCGGGGAUGGUGAUGGCGGGGGUUGUGGGGUUGAAGAUGCCGCGGUAUUGUUUAUUUGGGGACGCUGUGAAUACGGCCAGCAGAAUGGAGUCUACGGGAGAAGAGCUGAAAAUUCAUCUGAGCGAAGCUUCGAAGGUACUGCUAGAUGAACUGGGCGGCUACUACGUGGAGUACAGAGGGGAAACGCAAGUUAAGGGAAAAAAUGUAAUGAAGACUUACUGGCUGACUGGAAAAGAAGAUCUUCACUUCGAUACUGAGAAGGAGGGUUUUUGCACUUACCGAGAAAGAUGAAUCGAAGCGGCGGAUCGAGUGGAGAUUUAUUUAUAUGUGCUCCGAAUCACACUAUAUGUAACGAUAAACCUAAAUUUGACUAAUGGAAUAACCCGCCGUGCAUGUACAGUUCAUACGCACAACGAAGAUGGUAGACUGCCGAAAAAACGUAUGCUUAUUUCUUGCACCCCGUCGUAAUACUCGUAAAAGCUGAUAUGAACGUUUUGACUUUUGGACCACCUGAUUUUGCGGCUAAAGAAACCAGUGUUAGUAAUCUGACUAAUAUGUAAGUUUUAAAUACAGAAGAUUCUGUCUCUCUCCGCGUUCGAGUGCGGAACACAAUAUCUG